AUGCGAAACGCGCCGCUGAAGAGCUCGCGUUCAGAUCCCGGUGCUGGCAUCGCGGACGGUCAUGGGGGGGAUGCUCACGGCAAUGACCGUGAGAGGUCGCACGAACACCCCGCGGGAUCCCGCGUGUCCGAACGCGAUAACAUCGCUCUCAACACAGCUCUUGCACUCGCGAACACAGGGGAGGGGGACCAGGGGAAACCGGACAACAAGGAAGAGGGCUUGAGCUCUGACUACGACGAGGACGCCCCUGUUAACGCGCCGCAGGGUGGAGAUGACAACAAUGAAGAGGAGGCAGACGAGGCAGAGGAACUCGAGGCCCCGGUGGAGAAGGUGCUAACCCACGUGCAGAACACGGACCGGGUGAUACGCAGGGAAGCCAAGCUGGCCGCGAAGGACAGGGCGGAGAAUCGCGACAUGCGGGAGGUGCUGAAACGUGCUGCGGCCCGGUUGGAAGACUGCGCGGGGAGCAUGAAGGGGGUGGUUGUGGACUCCAUAGAGAGCGCCCAGAAGAAGCUCACAGACAAGGUCGCACGGAAGAUAGACGGCCCGUCAUCCAACAUUGCGAGUACCGCCGAGAAAGCGAUCACAACUAGUGGCGUCACGAACUCCCUCAACAUCAUCAUCGCGAUGCUUUCCGGGCGUGCAGCACUACAACAAGUCCCCGAUGGACCGCGUGAGAAGGAGUUCGCGGAGAAGGAGGCAGGGAAGAUGGCCGCGAAGAAGGAGGUCGGGAAGAAGGCCACGGACAAGGAGACAGUGAAGAGGGUCGCGGACAAGGAGACAGGGAAGAGGGUCGCGGACAAGGAGGCAGGUAAGUGUGAGAGCAGCAGGGGUGGGAAGCGGCAGAAAGGGGUCGCGAUCCAUAGCGUCACCGACCUUCUGAAGAGGGUGGCGCGGUCGCCGAACGUGCUGCGGGGACCAACAGGGGGGCUGCUGCCGCUGCUGGACCACCGCCUCCGACCUUGGGGGUGGAAGUUGGCGAAGAAUCAGGGCCGCAGUGGUUGUAAGCCUCCUGUAGCCGCGUUGAAGUGUGAACGCGACGACGACGACGACGACUCGGACGCGGACGAUGAGGUUGAGCUUGUGAUGCAGAGGUUCUUGGGGCCAAGCGACACUAGCAGAACAAGCGGCAAGCGCAAGGGCUGUGGUAUCCGCCCUCCGCCCAGGGGUGGGGAGGGGAUGGUGGGCGAACCGUGGCUGGGGGGGAGACGUUGCUGGCUCGGACAUCACUCUCUCCAAGAGGUGCAGUAUCUGACCGCGAUCGCGGUGAUGUGUUACGACAAGAAGAUAGACCCCAGGCUCAAGCUGACUGCGCAGCUGAAGAGUGAGUGGGCCGAGGACAUCUCCGCGGCCGGGACAUUGUGCACCGGGCUAUUCGCCACCAUGCACCUCCACAACCUUUGCGGCAAUGUUGACAGGUACCACCACAUGUUCAAGGCCUACCGCGACCUCACCCGCCGCGGGUCCCCGAUCAGCAACGCGAUAGCUUGGGCAGCCGCGGUGGGGAAGGAGGCUGCAGAUGAGGAGCCCGAUGUCACCGGCGCCCAAACGGGCCUAUUCGUUGGUGCGGUCGCGUGCGCCAUCGCGAUGGUGUGGGAGACCAGCAACGGUCUCGAACUCGAGGCUAUCGCUGAUGCUGGAUACUCCGCGACGCAGCUUGCUGGCACGCCAGAAGAAACGGCCCACGGUUACGCCACGAUCGUGGCCGCGGUUUUCAAGUGGGCCAGGAAGGAGAAUGCUCGCAAGCAAGCCUCUGAGGUCACACCAAAGCAGGUCGCGGAGAAGAUUGAGACCGCGGCCGUGAACCGUCUUGGUGCACGACGUGGAGACCUCACUUUAGUCGCUAUGGUCGCGCACGAGGCAGUAGACGUGCUGAUGACCUGGUGCGACUGCAAGAUCACGGCCAAGGCAAUGGAGGCCAACAGGCUCUACCUCUCUUUGCCGGAGAAGCGGGUGUCCGCGAAGAAGAGGUCCGCGUGA